ACAAACACUCAUCACAGCUUCCAAAGUAGCAUGUUUAAAACAACAAAAGGUACAUAUCUGCUCUGCCCUGCUUGAGUUUUCAAGCUCAAAACCAUAGCACAAUGAAAUCAAUUCAGAAUCAAAGAAUCAUGCUUCUCCUUCAUCUCAAUUCCCACUUCCCAUCUCUUGUAUCUUCCUCCCCCUAUGCCAAACCCAGACUUACCCUACUUCCCAGCAACUGCUGCCCUAGUUCGCCCAAAAGAUACAUCCCUUCAUCCUUAGUUCGGUCUCUGUCGUUUGGGAUCUUGCCUCGCGAUUUUAAAGAGAAAUGGGGGCAUCUAAUGGAGGAAUCGAAGGAGGCCGAGUCGAAGGUGAGCAAGUUUCCCGUUCAUCUGAUCCAGGCAGUGGUUGCAUCUGAGGAUCAUCGGUUCUUCUACCAUUUGGGAGUUGAUCCACAUGGCAUUGCUAGAGCUGUUAUUCGUUACCCAAAUGGCGGUGGCGGGAGUACCAUCACUCAGCAGCUUGUUAAGGGAGUAUUUUUGUCAAGUGAACGCAAAAUAUCAAGGAAAUUUGUAGAGGGCAUCCUAUCUUUGAUACUCGAAAGGAGAAUGUCCAAAAGUCAAAUCCUAUAUGCCUAUUUGAGUAAGAUGUACUGGGGACAUGGAAAGUUUGGGAUUGAAUCAGCGUCAAUGUUCUACUUUGGGAAACAUCCUUCAUUCCUUACUGUCGGGGAAGCUGCAUUGCUUACUGGAAUAUUGCCAGCUCCUGAGAUUCUAAACCCAUUUACAAACCCAGAAAGAGGAAAGGCCUCACAACGCAGAGUAUUAAGAAGGAUGGUUGCGGCAGGGUUUCUUGAAAUGGAGUCUGCUCUUCUAAUUGCAAGCCAACCUUUGUAUUUGUGUAACAAAGGAGACAAAUUUAAUAUCAAGGUAUUUUAACUUUAAUUUGACAAUUUCAUGUUUGU